AUGAAAGAUCAAUCAGGAAAUGAAAAUUCAGAAAUGCCUAUUAUUCGGCCAAAUGAAGAAAAGAAAAGAUCAAAUGCUAAAGACUCCCUUGAUUUUACAGUAGACUACUCUCCAAGAGGCUCAAUCUCUUUUCGCACCGACAUUUUAAUCCCAGACUCCCCUGGAUCUCUCCCUCAAAUAAAAAUCGAAUUGCCCAUAUCCCACUCCCAUGCGAGUCUCUUUAACCUUCUAACCAAAAUUUCCUCCAAAAAAGGCUUUGAAGUCACCGAAAGAAGCCCAAAUUCCAUAAUUGCCGUCCACACUCCCAACAAUAAAUUUCAAAAAUAUUUAUGCUGCUGAUGAUUAAAAGAAAAAUCCCACGAAGAAGCUUCAAUCGUAAGAAUGCUGAUCCUAAUGGACGAACGCAAAAACAAAAGAAUUCUCCUCAUUCAAGGGAUGGUUGGGACAGAAAAGCCUAUCUCCAAGCUGCUUAAUGGUAUUGAAAAAUCAAUAGAAAAAUUUUUAAGCUCUCCUCAAUGCAAUGAAACUUAUAACAAAAUUGAGUACGAAGAAGAAGAGGAAAGCACAAUGACCUGCAAAAAUGAAAGCUCGUCUUAUUGUUUAUUUCACAAAAUUUUGUCAUCAGAAUCUUACACAUUAGGAAGAUCAUUAAGCCAAUUUAUUGAAUCUUUCAAAAGCCAGUAUAGGAAUCCUAAAGAAUCAGUCUUGCUGCUGCCUCAGCCAAUUGAGUCGAUAAAGUUGCAAGUGGAAGAAACCGUGGAUUCUUUGUUUUCUCAUUAUAAUUAUGGAAGAAGCAGCACUGAAAAAAUCAUGGUAUACUGUAGACCGUCAGUCGAAAAAUAUAUUUAUUCUAAACUUAUGUCGCAUUUGUUAGAAAUUUAUAAUAUUAAAACUGAGAAAUUAGAAGAAAAAUUGCAAGAUGUGAGGAGAGAAUGUGAAGGGCUUGGAGAUAGUGCAAUUAUGGAAAGAUUGGACAUACCGCCUAAGCUGAGGUUAGAUGAUGGAAAAGAGCCUUAUGCUGAAGCGAUUUUAAUGCUAAAUAAAUUAUAUAAUCUUGGAACUCCUAUUGAAAAAAUCAACUGUUUGCUUGAAAUUAUUGAAUCAAUAAAGACUGAGGUUGUUGAUUAUUGGAAGGGGGAGGUUGAGAUGGAGAAUAGCGAUGAAAUUAAAGUCCUUAAAUAUCUAGCUAUUAAGAGCAAUUCUGAUGAUAUUAUUGGACAAGUUCACAUGUUGAUUGAUUAUGUAGGUAGCAAGUUUGAUAAUGAAAAACACACUCUUUUGAAUUUUGAAGAGGCGCUUCACUUUUAA